AUGCGGGCGACGAAAAUGACAUCGUCACAUUGCCGGAGCGUGACCCCGCCAUUGUCACGGGCGGGCUCGAGCGACAUACCGUGUUUGUCGCCGGACCUAACACGCCGUGGGUUAUCCCCCGCAUUUUCACGCCAACGAACUCUAUCUCCUGAUGUAUCUAUUGAUUUUUCACGUCAUAGAGCGCUAUCACCGGAUCUUCUUGAUAGGACUCUAUCUCCAGACCUCCCGCGACGAUCCCGGUCCCCCGCACGACCUCGGUCCUUAAUGGAGUCCUUAUUAGUGGCUAAAAUGGAAGCGUUGAGUACCGGAAAGUUAGUGCGUACGGAUUCUUUGGAUAGUUGUAGCAGUUUCGGCUCGAUGUCGUCCCUACCUAGUGAUGUUUGUCGGUGUGAUGAUUGUUUGCUGGGGAUUGUGGAUUUCUAUCUUCCUUCGCCUGAUUCGAACAAAACAUUUAAAAAGGUAGGUAUUUUUAUGUUUAAC